AUGGCUUCCGAAACACUAACCCAGACGCCUGUUGAUACCGUGACGGUGCAGUCCAACAUAGAUUCACCUAGUGAAUCGAGACCGAUCGAAGCGCUGCAAAUUGAAGAGGAGAAUAUUGUAUUUCCCACUGGCCCAAAGCUUUGGUCAACCAUGGCGUCCAUGUCCAUCGCCUUGUUCCUUAGUGGACUUGAUAUCACAAUUGUCGCAGUUGCUGUACCAAGUAUAACCGACGAAUUCCAGACAAUAGCAGAUAUUGGAUGGUAUUCCGCUGCGUAUGGCAUGUCCCUCAGCGCCUUUGUCUUCUUCUUUGGCCAAAUCUACACUUUAUUUUCCACCAAAGCCGUUUUCCUCAUUGGCAUCGCGACGUUUGAGAUAGGCGCUUUAGUUUGUACUCUCGCGCCCUCAUCGGCAGUCUUCAUUCUCGGCCGUGCAAUCAGCGGUCUUGGCCGAGGAGCCAUCAACGGGGGUCUAUUCAAGCUUCUGAAGCAAUGUUUUCCCCUCUCCAAACAGGCAAUGGUCAAUAGUUUGCUCAGUGGAGUCGGAAGUCUAGGCCUCAUCACCGCGCCUACCAUUGGCGGUGCUUUAGUUGAUGCUUUUUCAUGGAGAGCGUGCUUUGGCGUCAACAUCCCGCUUGGCGUCUUGUGCUUGAUCUUGACGUGGUACGGAGUUCAUGAGUCUUCUCAUCAUCGAGAGAAUACACCCGUGCUCACUUUGAAGGAAAAGCUGAAGAAGAUAGACUUCCUUGGGACGCUAAUUGCUGUUCCGGCUGUUACGUGUCUUCUCAUGGCCUUGCAAUGGGGUGGUACAAAGUUUGGCUGGGGUAGCUGGCAGAUUAUCUUGCCUCUUGUUUUCUGUGCGCUUCUGUUUACUGCAUUCGGGUACCUACAGUACCGCCAGGGUGACAAGGCCCUUCUGCCUCCGAGAAUUUUGAAGCAGAGAAGCAUCAUCGCGGGUAUGUGGUUUGGAGCGUGUUGCGAGGGGGUCCUUGCGGUUACAGAAUACUACAUGUCCAUUUACUUCCAAGGAGUGCGAGGAUAUUCACCUACGAAAGCUGGGUUGCUUGCUCUUCCUAUGGUGGGCGGCUUGUCUGUCGCCUUUGUUAUCUCCGGACUGGGGACGACCUGGCUUGGAUAUUAUUACCUAUCAGGCCUUCUCACAACUCUCGACUUUGAGGAACAGGUAACCAAAGCAGUUAUUCUUUUGACCUUUUUAGGUCUAGCAGUCGGCCUCGGCCUCAACAGUCCAAUGAUUGCACUUCAAGCUGUUCUUCCCGUGGAAGACGUUUCUCUCGGUGGAGCGAUCUUAACUUUUGGAGCUGGGAUGGGUUCUAGCUUGUGGAUUUGCGCGUCGGCAACGUUAUUUCAAGACCGUCUUGCCAAUGAGAUUAAAUUGUCUUCGCCAGGGACCAACGUUGACGAGCUUCAAAAGGCGGGGUUAUCCAAGAUGAGAGAGUCAAUUGGCCCGGAGAGAUUGAAGAGUGUGCUGGGUGGUUAUGAGAAUGCAGUUAUACAGACCCUGUACAUCCCAUUGGCUUUGGCUGUGCUUACCAUUGUUGGCUCCCUGGCUAUGGAGCGCAAGUCUAUCAAGAAGAAGCAAUCCUAG